AUGCCAGAAGCAAAGUCUGCCAGAGGCCUCGUCCAAGUCACCUCCCACUAUCAGGACGGCAAGAGACAAGAGUCACUAGUGGACCGUAAACAUCUCGCAGAAGUCGACCGUAGGCCGAGAAGGCGGCGCGUCACCAUCGCAUGGGAUGACGCCCCCACGCUAGUUCUCAUCGCUGUCAACCCGGAAAACACCCGCUCCAUGGAGGCCCUCCCCAUCCUCAUCAAGUCUCUCCAGUCCGUCCGUGGUGUCGUCGUCGCCGUCGAGCAGAACAUUUGCGACAGGUGUGACAUCAACGUCCCCGUCGUCGUCCCGUUGCUGGCUCAUGCCGUCAACAGCCAGCCUGAAAAGCACAGGCUGCUCUCAACCAGCAUGGACAAUCUUUCCCUGACUGAUAGCUUCAAGUUUAACCCCUUGACCAAGUCCAAAGCCGCUCACGAGCCGUCGAGGGAAAUUGUCAGACCCGACGACGUCGACCUCGUCAUGACUUUGGGAGGCGACGGUCUAAUCCUCCAUGUUAUCCAAAACCUCUUCCCAAAGGCCGUCCCUCCUUUCAUGCCGUUCAAUCUCGGUAGCAUGGGGUUCUUGACCCCGUUUAACUUUUCGGACCAUCAGAAAGACGUCUCCUCAGUCCUAACCGGUCAGAAUAAUUCUGUCACCAUGCGCAUGCGCCUGAAAUGCGUCAUCGUUCGUCAGACCAUCGGUCCAAACCAUACCUGCUCGCCAACCAUUCACAACUUCGAAGACAACGCCCUCAACGAUGAAACCCGGGAAGCUUCUGUCACCGAAGAGCAUCAUGUCCUCAACGAGUUGGUCAUCGACAGAGGCCCAGCCCCUUACCUUAGCAACCUGGAAGUCCUUUGCGAUAACUGUCCCGUCACCCGGGUUCAGGCCGACGGCAUCAUCGUCGCGACCCCGACCGGCUCCACAGCAUAUUCUCUUUCUUCCGGGGGCAGCAUGGUGCACCCCAGCGUGCCUGCAAUCUUAUUUACUCCAAUUUGUCCUCAUUCCCUUUCGUUCAGACCAGUACUCUUCCCGGAUUAUGUCACUCUUGAAAUCAAGGUCCCACAAGACUCGCGAGCUUCGGCAUGGGUUAGUUUCGACGGGAGGCAUCGCAUGGAGCUCAUGAAGGGCGACAAAGUCGUCGUCACCGUUUCACCAUGGUCGGUGCCCACUUUCAGCCGUGCGGACACUACCAACGACUGGUUCAAGAGCGUCAGCCAUUGUUUAAGAUGGAAUGAACGCGUGGUCCAAGGUCAGCAAUACUCAAACUAGAAAUCGUAAAUAAUACCAACCAGAUGAAACCCGAACCCUUGACUUCUGGCUACCAUACGUA